AUGGAGAGCGCUACUGCCCGCGAGGCCCCGGGGGCUGAGACCCCGCGCGCCCCCGUGCCCCCGCCCUCCCCAGCGGAGACCCCAGCCGCGCCCCGCGUGCGCCCGCGCCUCGUCUUCCGCACGCAGCUGGCGCACGGCAGCCCCACCGGCAAGAUCGAGGGCUUCACCAACGUCCGCGAGCUCUACGCCAAGAUCGCAGAGGCCUUCGGAAUCGCGCCCACCGAGAUCUUAUUCUGCACCCUCAACAGCCACAAGGUAGACAUGCAGAAGCUUCUGGGUGGACAGAUAGGGCUGGAGGACUUCAUCUUUGCCCAUGUGCGCGGCGAGACCAAGGAGGUAGAGGUCACCAAAACAGAAGAUGCCCUGGGACUGACCAUCACCGACAAUGGGGCUGGCUAUGCCUUCAUCAAGAGGAUCAAGGAGGGCAGCAUCAUCAACCGCAUCGAGGCAGUGUGUGUGGGUGACAGCAUCGAGGCCAUCAAUGACCACUCCAUCGUCGGCUGCCGCCACUACGAGGUGGCCAAGAUGCUCCGGGAGCUGCCCAAGUCCCAACCCUUCACCCUGCGCCUGGUGCAGCCCAAGAGAGCCUUCGAUAUGAUCGGCCAGAGGAGCAGGGGCAGCAAAUGUCCUAUGGAAGCACGAGUGGCCAGUGGGAGGGAGACCCUGCGGCUCCGCUCUGGGGGUGCUGCCACAGUGGAGGAGGCGCCCAGCGAGUUUGAGGAGGAGGCCUCCCGGAAGGUGGACGACCUGCUGGAGAGUUACAUGGGCAUUCGGGACCCAGAGCUGGCAUGCACUAUGGUGGAGACAUCCAAGAAGACAGGCAGCGUCCGGGAGUUUGCGCGCUGUUUAGACUCCGUCUUGGGCGAGUUUGCCUUCCCGGACGAGUUUGUGGUGGAGGUGUGGGCCGCCAUCGCAGAGGCCAGGGAGGCCUGUGGCUAG